GCCUUUAGUGAGAAGCCAUUCGUUAUCGAAUUCGAGUGAUUUGCCACCAGAAUGAUGGAUUAUAUUGAAGUUACUUCUAACCCCAUUGCACCGGAUGCCUUCCUCAAUCACGAUGACUUACCUGGGCAGAAACUGUCUAACAGCGACUUUCGCAAGCUGCUCAUGACUCCUCGUCUUGCAGCGCCUACUCCUACUCCAGACGAUGGAAAAGCUCCCGUCGACUCAAUGCGGGUGCCAUCAGAUCGUAAGCGACACGAUGUCCCUUCCACUAACGCAGCACGCCAGAAACAUAAACGCCAUCAUGGCCGCCACCAUCGACGUGAUCACGCCAAAGAAAAUACCAGUGAGCCCGCACCACGCUAUCGAGACAGAGCCAAAGAGAGACGCGAUGGCAAGUUGAUGGUCCCAGCUGAUGAAGGGGAUGAGAAAGAAUAUGAAAAUGAUGAAGAAGCCCUGUCACGUACGGCAGACUACCGGGCUGUCGCUCCGUCAACAGCCGCUGGGGCUUCACUGGCUGAACGCCGCCGCAUGAUCAUACAAGAGUCUAAAUACCUUGGUGGGGAUAUGGAGCAUACUCAUUUAGUGAAAGGUCUCGAUUAUGUACUCCUGCAAAAAGUACGCUUGGAGAUUCAAAAUAAAGAACUAGAAGCUGAGAAGGUUUUGGACGCGGAGCUACAGAAACCCGAGAAGGCUGAUUCACAGCUUACCUCCGAUGAUGGGACACCCUUCCGCACUCGUCUAGCAGCAAACAUAUGCGAUCUUCUAUUUACUGAGCAUCCGAUUGAGCGGAACGAAUAUUUUCAGCCUGGUCGAAUGGCCUACCGCAUUGAGUUGGAAGAUGAUUCGGUCGACUUCGAAGUUCCAGCAACGGUCAUCCGUAGUAAAGCAGAUUGUAUGCAACUGGAUGGUCAUGGACCAGCGACAAUUACCACCAAUGAAAUUGUAAUCAACAAAUUAACACAAAUUUUGUCUUACUUGCGGGCUGGCAAAAGACACGCUAAAAAGACAAAAGGGAAAAGUCGUUUUGGAGACAAAGAGGAUUUAGGUGCCAUUGUUGGCGCUGACCAAAAUCAUUCCUCUAAACCUACAGCUGAGCCGGACAUCUUUGAGGGUGUUGGGAAGGACUAUGUGCCCUCAAGUAGCCAGCGAAACCGAGCUCAACAACCCACUGGUGGCCCGGCUAAUGAUACAAAACGAGCGGAAGAGGACAUGUCAAAUUCUACCUCACGUCCUAAAGCCUCCUAUUUUGAAGUCUCAGGUGACGCUGAACUGGCGGCCGACAGUGGGUCUGUGGGUGCUGCGAAAGAGUUCAUGCAAGAGUUAAGUCAACGUUUCGGUCCAAAAGAUGAUGUGAAGGCUCAAGAAAAGGCCAGCUUGGAACGUUUCUUUGCCAAAACCAAAGUUACAUGCUAUGACGAAUGUUACCCGGGUUUCGCCGAGUCGUACGAUGCCAUGGGUGAUUCAGAUGAUGAGGCUGAUUUCAGCAAGAUGGAUCUGGGUAACAAGAAAGGACCUGUCGGUCGGUGGGAUUUCGAAACGCAGGAGGAAUAUAGUGACUACAUGUCUAAUAAAGAAGCUCUUCCUAAAGCAGCGUUUCAGUAUGGCGUGAAGAUGGCCGAUGGCCGUCGCACUCGACGUCUUGGUCCAAAGGACGAGAAGGCUGAAUUGGAUCGUCAGCUACAGAAGAUUCAAUCCAUCAUCCAGAAACGGAAGCAAUUAGCGGAGGAUGUCGGUCCGAUGACGAAAAAUCCACGUUACUAAUUGGGCGUCCUUGCUUUUCUUCGGACACUUCACUGUACAUAUUUAACGAUUCGUUGGCCUUCUUAUAAAACUUCUAUCCUUUCUGUCCCAAAUUAACUAUCUCAGCAUGAACUUCUUUCAUUGUUUGAUACCCCAUCUCUCGUGUUCUUUCGUUCGCGCCUCACGUUCCAUUUCUGCUUAUACUUACUAUUCGAUGCACCGGUUUCGAAUAGUAUUCACCUAGGUUCAUGUUUGCACGACGCCUAUUUCGAGCCUAGAAUUGCUGCCCAAUAAAUGUUGUGCUGUGUUCAAUCAUCCUCAAUUUGAACCUGCUCACUGCACAUUUGGCUUUUCUUUAUAUCCUGCUUCUCAUCGAUCGGCGAAGGUAGUGUGGUUACGCGAUAGCUUCACUAUGAUCUGUGAUAAUGAUUACAUUGCUACGCUAUUCUUGAGUAGUUCAGUAUAAAUUCUCCUUUACUUCUCUGGUUUUCACUCGCGGAAUGUAUUCUAUUUUAAUUCCCACCAACUGUGAGCAAAAUGUCCCGAUUUAUGAUGCCUAAUUUUUGCGAUAUAUUUAUAUUCACAAUCUGAUUACAGACAAUGUUCCAUCCGAACCAUGGCGAGCAAAAGAGGGGAAACUUGAUACAGC